AUGUCUCACCUGCAGAUGGUUUGCCGCGAGUGGGCUGCCGUCCGUGCUGCAUCGAAGAAGGAUGGUCAAGUUGUAUCGGUAACUGGUGGAGAUUUGACAAUUGCCGAUAUCGUGGCUGUUGCCCUGUACGGAAUUCCCGCCCAAUUAACCACCAACGAGACCGUCCGUGACCGCAUGACUGCCAGUGUUGACUUCUUGGCCUCCAAGCUCAACGCUAGUGAGGUAAUCUACGGUGUCAACACGGGAUUUGGUGGCAGUGCCGACACACGGACCCAGGACUUUCACCGGCUGCAGUCAGCCCUCAUUCAACUUCUGAAUGUUGGUAUUCUCCUGCCCUCGGACAAGGGACAGGUGACGUCCUCGACAUGCGGUGCCGUAGCCGCCGACGUGGACAUGCUCGUUCGCAGCCAUGCCCUGCCGCCUGCAAUUGUGCGUGCAAUGAUGCUCGUCAGAGGCAACUCUCUGGCCCGUGGCCAUUCGGCCGUGCGUGUCGAGGUCGUCGAGUCGUUGCUGCACCUGCUGGCGGCCAAUAUGACGCCUGUUGUACCUCUCCGAGGCAGCAUCUCAGCUUCGGGUGACUUGGCACCUCUUUCAUAUGUGGCUGGUACCCUCGAGGGCAACCCGGGAGUGUAUGUGCGGUGGCAAGAAAGUGUCGUUCAAGAGAGCCUCGGCGGCGAGAUCGGGCCACCUCUUGGGAGCUCAACUCGUUACCUUCCCUCGGAUCAGGCCCUCAAGGCCGCCGGCCUUCUGCCUGUGCGGCUGCAGGCCAAAGAAGGUCUAGGCAUCACCAACGGCACGGCUCCCAGUGCUGCGGCCGCAUCGCUGGCAGUGUACAUGGCCAACCAGAUGGCCGUCUGGACGCAGCUUCUGACGGCCAUGAGCACCGAGGCUUUGUCUGGUUCCGUCAAAAAUUACGAUCCAUUCAUCUCCAGCGUGCGACCCCACUGUGGACAGAUUGAGGCGGCAGCUACCAUUCGAAGCUUCCUGCAGGGCUCGGUGCUAUCCUCUGGAGAAAGGGAGCCCGCUCGCGCUGGCCUGGCCCAAGACCGCUACGCCCUCCGCACAUCGCCGCAGUGGAUUGGUCCUCAACUCGAAGACCUCGAGCUUGCCACACUUCAAGUUGCUACCGAGCUCAACGCCACCACGGACAACCCGCUCAUCGACGUCCAGUCGGAGGACCAGACAGCCGGUGGUAUAAUUCACCACGGCGGCAAUUUCCAGGCAAUGGCUGUCACGUCAGCCAUGGAGAAGACGCUGACUGCUUUGCAAAAUCUGGGCCGCCUGCUGUAUGCUCAAAGUGCGGAGCUCGUCGACAAUUCCCGCAACCGCGGACUUCCGCCCAACCUGAGCCCCGAUGACCCCAGCACAUCAUUCCUUUGCAAAGGCUUUGACAUCAACAUGGCCGCCUACCAGGCUGAGCUGGCGUACCUCGCACGGCCGAUCAGCAGCCACGUGCAGGUUGCCGAGAUGGCCAACCAAUCGAUCAACUCCAUGGCGCUGGUGGCUGCUCGCUAUGCGCUCGAGGCAGGCGAGGUGGUCGGUCUCAUGGUGGCCACCUAUGUCUACGUGCUGUGCCAGGCACUGGACCUGCGGUGCAUGCAGCGCGAAUUCCGGGCGGCCGUCAUUGAGAGUCUAUCGAAGAUCAUCAAGGAUAUGUUCGUGUCUUCGCAGGACAAGUCCAUGCUUGGGUCCACCCUCGCCGACGAUAUUUUGUUGCAGCUGCUCAAUCGCUGGGACGAGCUGUCGCACCUGGAUCUCCAAGCCCGUGGAGAGGCGGCCGCACGCGACAUCUCUGGUACUCUUCUUUCUCGAAUGGUCCAGCUGACUCUCGUGCUCCCCAGUGGCAUGACGAUCUUCGCGUUCCAGGAACUGGUCACCAUGUGUUUAGUGAACGCUUAUACCAAGAUCCGGGAACAGUUCUUUGCCAAGCGGGCACCCGCUAGUGAUUACCUCAGCGCAGCGUCGCGUGUCAUCUACGAGUUCGUGAGACUCGAGCUCAACAUCCCUUUCAACCGCGGCAUCGAUGACCACCCGACCCUGGUGGCUGAGAAGCAAGCUGCGGCCCGUGGCCGUACAGAUGGCCACGCAAACGGCAUUAAGAGUGCUGUCCAGAGCGCGGACAGAACGCGCAUCCUCGGCACGAUGGCGAGCGAGAUCUACAUGGCUGUCCGCGAUGGUCGUUUGUUCGACCGCGUGGUCGCCUUCUGCGAGGAGACCAAGCCGUGGGGCGACGCCAAAUGA